AUGGAUACUAGGUUCUUCCUACUGUCAUGCCUUCUCAUCACGGGGACAGCUCAGAAUCCAACACCGCGAAGAGUCCAGGCAAGUGGCGUCCCAUCUGCCACUGCGCCUGCGCCCCAGAUCGAUGCUCACCACCCUUGGGACAACACUCAUUGCGAUUUAUCGCCAGAAGAGCACACAGAACUUUCCGAGAUUGCAUCUCGCGUCAUGCAACUGCCAUGGUCAUCCCUCGCAAAUUGCGUGUCUGACGGAUCCAUCUCGGAGGCGCCAGAAUGUGGAGCACUGCGAGAGGUUGCAGACUUCCUUCAAUCAAAAUGCUUCACACCACCAGACGACCUGCUCUCAGACAGUCGCAAAGACAACAGCGUCAACAAUGGUAGCUCUUGGACCGCAUCCCGUGACGUUGAAGACUCACUCGACGACACGAGUGCUCCAAAAAUCACAUGGCUGGCGAGACGUAUCGCACGGCUGAUAGAGGAGGACGCGGAGACGGGCGAUACGUAUCCCCCAGUCUUCAAGCCAAUCUAUGACUACUGUGAUGUUCUGGAGAAUCCGGAAGAACACACAACAUGCAUUUCCAAGAUACUGGAAGAUAAAUUGCGCGAGAGGGCACCGUGGGAAAUUGAGAUGUUCGAACGUGCUUGGUGCAAAAAGGAACCGUGGAUUCGGGAAUGUCAGAAAUCGGAUGCAAGUCCCGCCCGGAAAACUUCAUCCGAGUCUGUCACUAUCGACAGUGACCUAGUUGAUGAGGGCAUCGAUGAGAGUAUCGAUCGGCACGGUGUGCUCCCGUCCCUUGACGAUGUUGGCUUUCUUCUCCGACGACGCCAGUAG